UGUGAUAAACAAAAAAAAAGUGUAAUUUAAGUAAAAAUUACUUAAGUGAUAUUUACUUUAAUCUUGUACAAAGUGUUCGAAAAAAAUAAUGUGAUAACAUUUUGUUAAUUUUUGUUGUUAAUUAGUGAUUUAAUUAAAAAGAUUGCAUUUUAUUAGUUGUCUUUAAUGGAAUAAUCAAAAUAUCUCGUCUUAAUUGGUCUGAAAAGAAACUUUUUAUUUCACGAUAAUUUUCAACUACUCCCAAACAAUUUAAAGUUAAGUGUUGUUGCGGCACGAAAUGGCACUUGGUUCUACUGAAAAUCGUCUUUUUCUUCAUGAUGUCAUCAACAGCAACACCAAUCUCCAUCGACGAAGAUUAUCCCGAACAUGUAGCACAUCAUACAAACGACGAAGAAUCAACGCAACAACAAGAGAGUGGUUUAUGCGCAUGCUCUAACAUAUUAAUAAUGCAGUUAUUUCAUGAAUUAAAAGCAAAAUUUCCAACUGUUCCUGAUGACGUUGUUCGACAAUGCACCGAUAAAUAUUAUCAUGAUCGUGAUACAUGUAUUUCAGUAUUGAAUGCUGAACAAGAACGCAUCCCGCGUGGCCUUCCAUAUCCACCUGGGUUACAACAACAAUCAUUAGCAAUUCCACGCCCUCGUCCGCCUUCUACAUGUACAAAUUGUUGUUCACAUAAAAAUGUAGGAAAUUUAAAACGUGAUAAAUGUUUAAAUAAUAAUAUUGAUAAAUUAUUAGUUGAAACAAAAGAUAAGUUACAUAAAGUGAAUUUAGAAAGUGACUUAAAUGCAAAUAAUAAACAAAGUGUAAAAAAAAUGAAAAAUUCUAAGUUCUAUCUAACUGAAAAUAAUAAUAACAUUGAUACAUCACCUCCUAGUGCCGAUGAACGAAGAUCCUCUUCAGAGGAUCUAUUAAAUAAUAACACGAAAAACAUAAAAAAUAAAAAAUUUAACGGUAUUAAAAGUAAAGUUGGCAAAUAUGCUGGACGUUUAUCGAAAAAAUUAGAUUUUACAAAACAUAAAACUGUAAGUGACAAUAAUCCUGAAAUUCGAACCCAUUCUCCUGUUGAUUCGGAGGAUCAAAAUCGUAUCUCAGAUAAUCGAUUUAGUGGUGGAGAUUUGUCUGUAAAUUUAAAUAGUGGCACUGUAGGUUUUACCAUUCGAAAAGAUCCUUCAAACUUAAAUUGUGAUUCAAAAGUUAAAAGUCAAUCAAUGGAUUGUCUAAGUGUACCAAAAUCGGACGAUUUAAAAGAGAAAACUGCAUCGUUACAAGAUAUCAACACAGAAGAAAGACUGACCAAUCAUCAUCAUCAAACCUCCCUAGAAGAGAACACUUUCGAUGGGGAUACAAUUGAAAUGAUUCUUCCAAAAUCACCGUUUAGUUUAACAAAAAGUACUCGAGUAACAAAUUUUAAACCUGGUGAGAAAACUAAGCCACCGUUACCUGCCAAACCAAUAACACCAAAAAAACCAGAUCGAAAAAAAGUAUCCAAAGAAGUUCCACAAACCGAAAAUGAGACUGAAUCCACACCAGCAAAAAAUUUAAAUCAAAAACCUCCUCUACCAAAAAGACCCACAACAUUACCUGUUCUUCCAACCGCGUCACAAGUUCCUCCACCCUUACCUCCUACAAAUCCAACUAGUCCAUAUACUCCAAGCCCUACUAGUGUUAAUGUUUCACUGAAUGUAAAUGUUGAUGUAAUUCCACCAUCACCGACUCAAAGAACUGUGCUGAAUGUGAAUCCAGAAUUAGGAUGGUUACCAGAACAAUCUCCACGAAGUUUUACAUCUGUAAAUUUAACGCUACGCACUCCUACAUCAGAACCACAGGCACCUAUUGAUAUUGGCUCCUCAAAUGCGGGAUUAACUUACUCAUCAAGUUCAUUUGAUCCGCGUAAAGGAUUUCAAAGUAGUGUACAAAUUACUGUGGGUCCCGCAGGUAGAACGGUGUCAGCAAUACGUGCUCGCCCGCGAUCAAGCUAUACACCAGACAAUGAACAAUCUCCAAUUGAAUUAUCACCGCGGGCUGGGUCAUUACCGGAUAUUAUUACUCCUUCAAUUUCAAAUCUGAUAAAAAGACAGCUGGAACGUAAAGAGCGUUUGCGGUUGGAAUUAAUAGCGGAGAAGCGUAAAUUAGCAUUAAUGCAACAAGAAGUAAAUAGUUUAGAAGCAUUACCGCAACCAGUGCUAACAAAUACAUCGGCGUUAAGUGAAGAUAUUCGUAUUCGACGUGAAAUUCGACAUCUUCAGAUGCAAUGUAAACAGUUAGCGGAUGAAGUCGAUCGACGAUCGUAUUCGAGAGCUCCGUUAGGUGAAACAAGUGAAGAAUUUUAUCAAAACAUUUACACUGGGCAACAUUUUAUAUUAUCGGCAGCAGCGGCAUCUAGAAAUGCACAACGGCAACCUUCAUUUAAUAACAAUCGAAUAUCAGAUCCUCAAGAAGGUGGACCACCAUGGACAUGUCAUAUGUGUACGUUUAGCAAUCAUCCGUUACUUAGUAUAUGUGAACAAUGUGGCAUGAUACGACGUAUUAGACGAGGUACGUCUCCAAAUUCAGAGGCACUUAAUGAAUUAACAAUUCUCAGUAAAUUGGGAUAUCUACCAACUCCUCCUUCGGGCUCAUAUAAUAAUAAUAGUAAUAAUUCAAAUAAUAAUAAUGAAUUUUUAACAGGAAUUGAUACAGUUAGGAAUGUUUCAACUGCUUGAUAUAUGAUACACUGCCACCUUGAAAGUCCUAUUAUGCUCUUCAAAUUCCCAAUCAAUUUUUUUUUCUCACCUCCGUCUGCAGUUACUGUGUGCGGCAAAUAACGAGCGUAUUUUGUAUUUAGGGUUUUCAAAAUCGUCGGGUAUUAGACAUCCGGGAAACAUAACGCCGGGUUAGUGAGUGGGAUUUUGCUAUUACGUGGGAUUUAUUGAGUGGCAAUUUUUAGGAAAGUUUUUAUUAAUCUGUCUGAUUAAUAAGCAAUAAAAUUUUUAAUAAUAUAAUUGGCUCCAUGGUUUUGGAAAGCUGAAAGGUUGAUUCUACACAUAAAACACCUAACGUUAUGGUAUCUGGCGUGCACAGUACCAAUUUCUACGGAUCACAACCUCAGAUAUUGUUUCUCAACUUUCUAUCUCUCAAGUUUUGCGAGCCAUCUUACAACUUUCGAAAAACUGUAUCAACACUUUUAUUUUUCAAUCAUAUAUUCAGUCCUCAUUCAGGAAUGUGCAGACUUCAGCAGUGACUUUAUUUUCCAGCCUUCCGAUUCCUCAGAUAUUCUUAACCAAUAUAGUUUUAUUAUUAAGAAUUUUUUAAGUAUUACAAUAGCAACCAGGCGAGAUAUAUUUCGAGAUUAGUGUUAAUUGCAAUAGAAAAUUCUACGACAUCACUAUUAAGCUUUUCAAAAUAUAAUAAAAGUAGAGAUGCCAUGAAUACUGAUCAUUUUUUCAGUCACGCUCUGUGUCGAAGCGCUGAAUAUUCAAGUAAUAUGCAGUCUUCAAUCACAUCCCAAAUAUUAAAUGAAGUGGCUGAACAUUUCAAAUACUAGAAUACCAAAUAUUUGUGGUAUCUCUAAUAAUAAUAAAUAACAUUUUGAGUACCUGUAAAAACAAAAUUAAGCACUUUUCUAUUUCAGUAAACUUGACAAUAACUAAAAAAAGGUUUUAUUAAUUGGUCUCUAGGCUAUUUCAUAGACAUAAAGAGUUGGACAAUGUCUUAAAAUUGAGAGUAAUUAGGCAUGAAAUAACGAUAAUUGAAUUUUACAAUUUAUCAUUUUCAUUUUUUUA